UCCAUUUCACUAGACCACCACAACUCCCUAAUCCAGAGAAGAACACCUACAGAACAGCAUUUCAGUUCUCUGAUCUCCACAACCAGCUGUUUAGAGCAUGUGAAAGAACUCAUUUCUUUAGCUGAAGCUCCACUUCUUAGUUACUUCUCCAUGGCUAAACCUAAACCCACAGCAAAAUCCAUCAAGGAAAUUCACCAGAACCAAAACCAGCGUCCCAAAAGAUCAGAAAAACCAGCUUCAUGGUCAGUUGUUAGAGGUCUUUUUACCUGUAAGGACCAACAAAGGCAGCAGCAACAGCAACAAAAGCAACCACAGCAGGAAAAGCAAGAACAGCAGCAAAAGAAGAAACAUCAAGAACAAGCCCUGGAGGAAACCAGCAGCAAGAAAUGCAAGAAAAUGAAGUGUUCAGGCUCACUAUGCAGCAACACAAAGGUGAUGCAAAGGCCUGAAACAGCCUCACCUGAUGUCCAAAAGAAAAGGGUUUCAAUGGGAUUAACUACUGGCAAUGAUAACUCAAGCAGAUCAAUAAAGGCUCCUUUAAAUGAAAUUAAUGGGGUUCCUUCCUCUACUAAUUCUUCAUUAUCUGUAUCUUCUAAUUCAUCCAUUAACAAUGGUGGGUCUUUCAGAGGAAUGCCAUUCAGGAGAUUAUCUGGCUGCUAUGAGUGUAGAAUGGUUGUAGAUCCUGUUCUUGGAUUCACCAGAGAUCCUUCUUUGAGAAGUAGUAUCUGUUCUUGCCCUGAAUGUGGUGAGAUCUUCGCAAAAGCUGAAAAUUUGGAGGUUCAUCAGGCUGUUAGGCACGCAGUAUCAGAGCUGGGUCCCGAGGACACAAGCAAGAACAUAGUAGAAAUCAUAUUCCAGUCUAGCUGGCUGAAGAAACAAGCACCCAUUUGCCAAAUAGACAGGAUCCUGAAAGUCCAUAACACCCAAAGAACCAUCUCCAAAUUUGAAGAAUACAGAGACUCCAUCAAAGCAAAAGCCACCAAACUCUCAAAGAAACACCCACGUUGCAUAGCAGAUGGCAAUGAACUCCUCAGGUUUUACUGCACCAGCUUUGCCUGCUCACUAGGCCUAAACGGCUCAUCCAAUCUGUGCAACUCAGUUCCUCACUGUGGCGUAUGCAGCAUCAUCAAGAACGGGUUUAAAGAAUCCAGUGGUGGAGGAGUCAAUGGGAAUGGGAUUCUGACCACAGCAACAAGUGGCAAAGCACAUGACAAAGCUGCAAUAUUAGACGGGAGCAAUGGCAGCAGUGACAAGAGGGCAAUGCUGGUGUGCAGGGUGAUAGCAGGAAGAGUUAAGAAGAGUGUGGAAGGUAACAUGGAGGAGUAUGACUCAGUUGCUGGAGCUGUGGGAUUGUAUUCCAAUUUGGAUGAGUUGCAUGUGUUUAAUGCCAGGGCCAUUUUGCCUUGUUUUGUUGUUAUUUACAGUGGGUUUUAGUAGGUUCUAAAGUUUAUUACUUGUACCUUGUGACCACAAACAGGGAGCUAAUGCUGCCUAUUUUGUUUCAUUGCUUUGUGGGUUUUUCCAGGAAAAUCUCAGAAUUUCCCUUUUUUUUUUCU